AUGGGUAAAACUAACUCAACUUCAACCUCUACAUCACAGGAAGUUAAUGUUCCUCCUCACAUUUUGGCUAUAGUUCACCAGUUGCUCCUAGAGAUUGGGGGUGAUAAAAAUUUAGAUUUACGCGAACCCCAUCCUAAAAAAUCUCUAGAAGGAAUAGCAUCGUACAUCAUUUUCGCAUAUGGUUACAGACUUUAUAAAGACCCCACUUAUAGUUUCAUUAUAAACAAUGCCGUUAGUGACUUUAUUAAAUGUGUUGUGGUGUUGCCUAUAACACUGUACGUGUUGCUGGUCCAGAACUGGAUGCUUGGCGAGUUGCUUUGUACUUUUCUUCCUAUGUUGCAAGAUAUUCCGCUUCACGUCACUAUGCUCACUUACGUCUGUUUGGCCUGGGAUCGGCGCAGAUUCCUGCGGAAUCCAAACAAACCCCGAUUGCCGGCCUUCGUGUGUACCGUCGGGACGUGGCUAACGUCCCUCUGUUUGGUGCUUCCCUAUCCGAUAUACAUAACGCAUAUAGAUUUGGGGACCAUUUUUAAAAGUGCGGAUUUCGAAGGAGUGAGCAUUUGUAUUGUGAACCUGGCCGACGACAUGAAGGAAUACAUGAGAGGAAUUUUUCUGGUCACUUAUGCUGGGCCUCUGGCUGCCAUUUCGUACUUCUUUGUAUGCGCAUCACGAGAGUUGGCCUACCACAACGCACCUGCAGUGGUAUUCUACGAAUCAAGGGCAUCUAUAAAUCGAGCACAAGACAGUAGAACUAGAAGAGAUUCGCAUUCUACUGUCACAGCCGAUACGAGGAGCAACCGCGGCGACUACGAGCGCAACAGCCAGUACAGCCCCGAAAGUUUCAGGGAGCAGGAGAGCUGCCGCACCCGCUACGAGGUCCAGGAGUCCGAGCUGGACGUGACGAGGGAGAAACGGACGCAAAAAUACCUGGGAUCCAUUAUCACGAUGUACGCCAUCUGCGUGCUGCCCCUCAUGGUCAUGCGGCUGGCUAGAUUGGCUUUAGUUGAGACGUAUGAGAAUAGUCGCCAUUUCGACUACACUUAUGUCCUAUUUGUGUGGCUGGCAUUCCUACCAACUUGUCUAACUCCACCUAUGUUUGCUUGUUGGCAAAUGAGCCGGUAA